UGCUUAACAUUUUGGUUCUUCUCGGUGUGUGUUUGUGAAAAGAUUAUAGUGCCAGCAUGAAUGAGGAGGAUGAUAGGGGCAGGAAGCGGAGACCACACAGCCCGGAGACAGUAACUAUAAAACAGGAAAGGAUAAGCCCCGUCAGGCAGCACCGCACCCGGCGAACUCCAAGCCCUCGAAGCAGCGAUGGGGGAUCCCCUCACCGGCACCAAGGGCGCAGGCGAAGCAGAUCACCUUCAAAGCGGAAAAACAAAUCAUCUGUCAAAAGAAGCAAAUCUCCCAAGAAAAAAAGGCACAGAAGUGAUAGUAGGAGUCCACCUCCAUUGGGGGUUAAAAUUAAGCAGGAGAAAAUAGAGCAUUCUCAAAGGCCAUAUAAGGAGAGACAGCGCACAGAGAGAGGGCAGGAGGAUCACAGAAGAAAUAGACACGGAGACCAAGCAGACCAGGAUCGAUACAACCACCCACGCGCCAGAGACAGAGAGCAAAAUCGAGAGGAACAUAAUUUGAGAGAGCAGAGAGAAGAAAGGGAAUUCUACAAUGAACGGAGAAGGGAAAGACGUCAGCAAAAUGAUCAAGCUGAGGAAGAACAAACUGAAGAUGUGGAUGAUUCCACUGACAAAGGAGAUGCAAACAAAGAAAAGCCCAAUUUUGAACUAUCUGGUGCCUUAUUGGAGGAUACAAAUACAUUUAGAGGAGUUGUAAUUAAGUACAGUGAGCCUCCAGAAGCACGUACCCCAAAGAAACGAUGGCGUUUGUACCCAUUUAAAAAUGACGAGGCCCUCCCUGUUAUGUAUAUUCAUAGACAAAGUGCCUAUCUACUGGGCAGGCAAAGGCGUAUUGCUGACAUUCCUAUAGAUCAUCCAUCUUGCUCCAAACAACAUGCUGUUCUGCAGUAUAGGAUGGUUCAGUUCACCAGAGCCAACGGCACAAGUGGUCGGCGAGUGAGACCUUACAUUAUCGAUCUUGGUUCUGGCAAUGGCACCUACCUAAAUAAUCAGCGCAUUGAACCACAAAGAUACUAUGAAUUAAAAGAAAAGGAUGUUCUAAAGUUUGGAUUUAGCAGCAGAGAGUAUGUUGUCUUGCAUGAAUCCUCAGACACAUCUGAAGUUGACAAAAAACAGGAUGAUGAUGAUGAUGAGGACGAGGAAGAUGAGGGGACAGACAGUUAGCAAAUGUAUAUAAAUGUAAUUUUGAUUUUGUUGGAUCUACUUUUAUUUUCAGUAAACAGAAUACUUAUUUACUAAAAUGCAGAACAGUGUUUGCUGUACCGCCAAUUCCUUAUGGAAAAGUUGUCAGGGAAAUUUGUCGCUGAAUACUCCUUUUUAGUUCUCUUCUACUAAUGGCUCAGUAGAUCUUGUAACAAAAGGAACUGAAACAAAUGUGUACAUAUAUGUCUUAGCUUUCUUACAGAGAGUGAAAAGUUACACACUGGUCACUGUUUUUUGUGCUAUAAUACAUGUAAUGAAAUUUA